AUGUCCUCUCUUUUUCUCGUGUUAAUAACUCUCCUCGAUUUCUCUGUUUUUGUCUCUCUCUCUCUCUCUCUCUCUCUCUCUCUCUCUCUCUCUCUCUCUCUAUCUCUCUCUCUAUCUAUCUAUCUAUCUAUCUAUCUAUCUAUCUCUUUUCCUCUUCUUUCUACUCUUGGCUUCUCUCUGAUCUCAUUUCCUUUCACUUUGUCUCUCUUUCUCUUCAUUUACUUUCUCUCUCUCUUAUUUUCUUUUCACUGCGUUCCUCUUCAUCUCUCUCGCCAUCGAUCCAAGACAAUAAAAAAAUCACUCUUUCUUUUUCACAUCUUAAAAACUGAGUUGCGUUAUCGUAAUUUUAUAAUUUUCUUUUUUACUUUCCUUUCUUUUUAUUCAGAUUUCUUUUUGUGGCUUAUUUACCUUAAGGUCUGUUAUGAACAGGACCGAUAUCUACCUUUCUUUAAAUUUAUGUUACUUGUGUUCAUCCUACAUUACAUAACUGCAAUCAUUUCCAUCACGAAGUCAACCAUCUUUCCUUCUUUUGAUUUCCUUCCUUCUUUUUAUUUAUUUCUUUCUUUCUUUCUUUCUUUCUUUCUUUCUUCAUUCUCGCUUUCUUUCACCCUUUCUUUUUUUCAUUCUUUUUUUCUUUCUUUCUCCCUCGUUUUCUUUUUCUUUCUUUCUUUUGCUUUCUUUCUUUCUUUUGCUUUCUUUCUUUCUUUCUUCUUUUCUUUCAUUUUUAUUGUUGCCUUCUUUUUCUUCCUUUUUAACUUUUUUCUUUAUCUUUCUUUCUUUUUCGCUCAUUUUACGUAA